UACCUAAUUAAUUUUGUCAAAAUGAUCGCACUCAGACGGCUUUUCGGUAUUUCUUUAAUUUUUAUUGCCAUCUAUGGCAGUCUGAUUUGCGUAAUAAAUUCUGAAGUUCCGAUCCAUCCGAGCUUGAUAUUUCCUCACCGCGGCUGCUACUUACUGGGAGAAACGGUCCAUGACCUUUCCAGCAAAGAUUUCAAGCUGAGCGAUCUCAAGCCCAGUUUGUGCACAUACAUCACAUACGGCUACGCAACAAUACAGGACAAUGAAUUGCAGAUAAAACCAAAAGACGAAGAAAUUAUCCGCAUGCUUCAGUUAACAAGAUCAGUAGUGCCGAACAUCAAUUUGUUCUUGAUUCUUAAUCACACGGAUCCGGCGGGGAUUGAGCAUUUGACCAAUCACUUUGUGUUCCUGCAAAAUCGCAUGGAUUUCGUGAGUACGGUCCUCGAAAAGCUGCGAAUAUGGAAUCUGGAUGGGAUUGUACUCCGUACGGAUCUCGUAGACUAUGCCAGUGCUAAUGUGAUGGCAAUGCUCAUAAAAGAAAUUCGAUCGAAAUUCGAUGCGGAAGCUAUUUCCACCAAGCCUCGCCUAAUACUGGGAACGCAUGUUGGUCAAGACGCAAAAAUGUCAAAAAUCGACCCGGCACUCAUUUCCAGUUCAGUAGACAUUGUAGAAGUUCACACGUUCGAUUACCGCAAUCCAGAGGCACAGCCAUCCUCAACCGGGCAUAAUUCCCCGUUGUACUGGACUUCCAUUCCCGGCUCACAUUCGGGAACAGUAGAAUACUCUUUGGAAUCAUGGGUAUCGGCGGGUAUACCAAGAUCGAAAAUGGUGCUGGGACUGGCUUUAUAUGGACCGGCGUGGACCUUAAUGAAAGUCCACCGCUUCGAAGCCGGCGCUCCAGCGGCCGGCGCCGCGGCAGCUGUGGGUUAUGCUAACAAACCGGGAGUAAUGUUCUACCAUGAUAUCUGUGAAGAAAUUGCGAAUGGUACCCUGACGCGGGUCUUCGAUACGGAUACCAUGACCCCGUAUGCGCACGACAACGAAACCCGCUGGGUCAGCUACGACGACGUGGUCAGCGUCACCAUCAAGGCGCGCUGGCUGAUGGAAAAAGGUUACGCAGGUGUUUAUUUCUACGAGCUGAGCAUGGAAGAUUUCAGUGGAAGCUGUGGAAAAGAUUCGUUUGCGGCGCUUCAGGCGGUGGAAAAUGUGUUUAGUGCGACUACAAUCGAGAAAUUCCAAGAAAAAAGAGAAUGCGAUCGAAAGUUCUGUUUGGAUCGCGCUGUGGGAGUAUACGCCCUGGGAAGCUGCAUGGGCGCGUACUGCAGUUGUGAUUAUGGCGGGAAGGCUUACAGAUUCCCUUGUGGUCCGGGCACUAUAUUCGAUCCACUGAUUCUGGGUUGCAAUUAUGCUGCAUCUGUCAAAGGAUGUGAGCAGCACGAGGAGAUUAUGAAAAAGAAUUACGAACUCACGAUUGUUAGUAUCAUUGCUAGGGGAAUUGAACUACAUUGUAUUUAUGCUCUCCAGGAUAUUGAACCAGAACUUGAAUUACCUCACCGAGGUUGCUAUCUACCGGAAUGGGCGGACACGAGGCCCGGAACCGGCAGGUUCGAAAUAUCGGAUAUCGAUCCCAGCAUGUGCACCUACAUCUGCUAUGCUUUCGCGGGGAUUCAUAACAACUUUUUAGUUGUGAAACCGUCAGAUGAAUUGAAAUUCCAUCAGCUCAACAAUUUUAAGGUUUAUUUCCCAAAGCUUAAAAUAUUGUUGAGCGUGGGAGGAUGGAAUUUAUCGCAUCAGUUUCCAUCUAUGGUUGCUGCUGCUGAGAAUCGGACAAUUUUUGUGGAUUCAGUAUUAAGCAGAUUGCGUCAAUGGGGAUUGGAUGGACUGGACAUCGACUGGGAAUAUCCACCGCAUUCAAUGGGAGAGGCUUUCACUGCAUUGCUAAAGGAACUACGAGUGGCAUUUGAAGCAGAAGCCAGAUUGCUUUCGCGACCUCGACUGUUAUUAGCGGCAGCGGUAGCAUCGGCAUCUCGAGGAGGUUACAACCCGUUGGUUAUGGCACGAACGUUGGAUAUAAUGAAUCUCAUGGCUUAUGAUUUCCAUGGCCCAACGUGGGAACCGAACAAAACUGGACACAAUGCUCCUCUGAUAAAAUCACCAUCAGAUCCUCAUCAGGGACUAAAUGUCGAAACACUGGUGCGUGAAUGGGAGGCCGUCGGUAUACCAAAGUCAAUUAUUUCCGUCGGUCUGGCGUUGUACGGAAGGGCGUGGGCUUUGUUGACCCCUGACAAUCCUGGCGUGUCCGUGAAUGCCAUUGGCACGGCACCCGGUGGUGCAUUCACCGAAGAGCCGGGUUUUUUGGGAUUUUAUGAGAUCUGCGCCGCUAUUAAAUCGGGACAGUUGCGUCGGCACUUCGAUCGAUACGCACGGGUUCCCUAUUCCAGUGGACAGCACGUGUGGGUCAGCUACGACGACGUGGAAAGCAUUCGUCAAAAGGUCAUGUGGGUGCGACAAAGUGGAUACGCGGGUGUUUUUGUAUGGGAAAUGACGCUGGAUGACUUUCGAGGCGGCUGUUAUCAAUCUCGUUUCCCAUUACUGCAGACCGUUAAACGCAUGCUGACCAUGUCACCGGAAACCAAAACACCCAUCCACGUACAGACACCCUAUUUGUAUGUUAAUGUCACGGCGCUAAGCCCGGCGAUUAUUCCCGGCGCACUGAAUCCAGCGUUAACGCCACAGAUGCUGCCCAUUGCUAAUCCUUCCAUUAACCAUCCAGUGGCAUCGGCGAAUCACGUUCCGGUGCUGACCACCACACCAAGCACGAAACCAAAUAACUGCGCCAACACCUACAUAGUUAAAACUGGAGAUACAGCGUGGAAUAUUGCCAAAUUGCAUGAGAUUUCGUUGGAAGAUUUGCGAGAAUUCAAUCCGGGCAAAGCGGAUUUGAAUUUUAUUACGCAGGGAGAAAAAUUAUGUGUCGCGUUACCGCAGUCAACAGGAAAAAAAGGAGGAAGGGUGCACGUCGUAAAACGUGGAGAAACAGCGUGGGAUAUUGCAAACAGCAAUGGGCUAUCUCUUGCCGAUCUGCAGCAGCGUAAUCCGUGGAAGAAUAAUUGGGAUGCACUUUUUCCCGGAGAAGAAAUCCACAUAUGAUUAAGCAGAAUUUUUUAUUUCAGCCAUGAAAAUGAAGAUCAAUGCGUUUGUUUUCCAUAAUCAGCGGAAUCGAUGUGCAAUGUCCGAUAGAUUACAACCUGCAUUGUUUAGCCUUGUCUCAUAUCCUAUGCUAAAAGAAGAGAAU